AUGGUAGAUCUCAGGACUGAAUCUCUCAAAUCCCCAGUGGAUAUUGCUGAGUAUCUUUUCAUACGACUACAACAAAUUGGAAUCCAAUCUAUCCAUGGCUUACCAGGAGAUUACAAUUUAGUUGCCCUUGACUACAUUCCUAAACUUGGAUUGAAAUGGGUUGGUAACUGCAAUGAGUUGAACGCAGGGUAUGCCGCCGAUGGUUACGCUCGAGUGAAAGGAAUUUCGGCAAUCAUGACUACAUUCGGUGUGGGAGAGCUUUCAGCAAUUAAUGCCAUUGCUGGUGCCUACUCCGAACGAGUCCCAAUUGUCCAUAUCGUUGGAACCCCUUCAACAAUCUCGCAAAAGGAUGGUAUGCUUCUACAUCACACACUUGGAAAUGGAAAUUUCAAUGUUUUCGCGGAUAUGUUCAGAGAGAUCUCUUGCGCAAUGGCCAAGAUUAAUGAUCCAAACGAGGCGGCUGCCUUGAUCGAUCACACACUCCAGCAAUGUUGGCUCCAUAGUCAGCCCGUCUAUAUCACACUUCCAACAGAUAUGGUUCAAAAGAAGGUUGAAGGAGAGCGAUUGAAGACACCUAUCGACUUGUCUCUACCCCUAAAUGACCCAGAUAAGGAGGACUACGUUGUUGAUGUAGUUCUCAAGUAUCUCGAGGCUGCCAAGAGCCCUAUCAUCCUAGUUGAUGCAUGCGCUAUCAGACACAGAGUCAUCCCAGAAGUGCACGCAUUGAUAGAGAAGACUGGUAUACCUGUUUUUGUAACUCCAAUGGGCAAAGGGGCUGUCGACGAGUCUUAUGAAAACUACGGGGGUGUUUACGCUGGAAGUGGUAGUCAGCCGGAGGUUCAAAAGCGAGUUGAGUCCUCGGACCUCAUCUUGACAAUUGGAGCAAUCAAGAGCGACUUUAACACCGCCGGGUUCACCUAUAAAACCUCUCAACUCAACACAAUCGACUUCCACAGCACAACCAUUGUCGUUCGCUAUUCUGAAUAUCCAGGUGUUCAUAUGCGAGGAGUUCUACAGAAGGUUGUCAAAAAAAUCGACCUUCAAAAGCUCUCUGCUGUUCCUGGACCGAAGAUGGAAAACAAAGUCACUGCAAACGAGGAUAGCUCAGACACUAUCACACAAAAGUGGUUCUGGCCCAGAGCAGGGGAGUUUUUGAAGGAGAACGAUAUUGUAAUUACUGAGACUGGAACUGCCAAUUUUGGUAUUUGGGAAACAAAAUUCCCAAAGGGAGUUACAGCUCUCAGCCAGGUAUUGUGGGGUAGUAUUGGAUACUCCGUAGGUGCCUGUCAAGGUGCUGCAUUAGCUGCCAGAGAUGCUGGUUCUGACAGAAGAACCAUCUUGUUUGUUGGUGACGGAAGCUUCCAGCUUACGGCCCAAGAAGUAAGCACGAUGAUUCGCCUUGGAUUGAAACCCAUCAUUUUCGUGAUCUGUAAUGAUGGCUAUACCAUCGAACGAUUUAUCCACGGUAUGGAAGCAGAAUACAAUGACAUCGCAACAUGGAACAACAAAGAUUUGGUUCCAGCAUUUGGUGGCAAAGAAGGUAACUACCAACUUCACCAGAUCAAGACAAAAGACCAAGUCAACGAGCUUUUCACCAACAAGAAGUUCAAUGCUGCAGACUGCCUGCAGUUUGUGGAAUUAUAUAUUCCGAAGGAGGAUGCCCCAAGAGCAUUGGUACUGACGGCCGAGGCGAGUGCGAAAAACAAUGCAAAAGAGUAA